AUGGCUCGCUCUGUCCACGAUUCAGCGCCGAACGAAUACGCCCGUGUGCUGCGGGGGCUUCCGGCCCUUCAUCCGGAUGGGACGCGUGUGGGGGAAUACGAGCAGCAAAGGAUGUUCAUGAUGGCAUCUUUCAUCAGUGCCGCUGUGGACCACCAUUCCGCGGAUUGGACUGACUACACAAGCGCGUCGAGUCCUUACCUUCCGCUUACCGUUUCCUCUCGCUCGUACAGCGCCCCAGACGCUCACGUUCCGGCAUACAUGCUGGCCAACGCACGCGGUCCAAUACCAGAUGAACGCCUUGCUGCCGCUGUCCGCGCUGCCCUGCCGCUCACGACGGACAUCUUUGCGCGCCCUUCACUCGGCUUACCCGAAAUGGGAGUCUGGUCCUGCGCAGAUUGCGAUUAUAUCGCCGACCCGUGGAACCUCGAUGUCGACGAGCGCGUUGUCCUGGCAGACUACCUGGGUGUUGGCGACGACUCGGGCGUUAAGCUGUUUGACGGAGGGGUGGUCCGUAUCGACCUGGCGAACCCCUGGCUCUUCAUGCGUGUCAUGGACUGCUUAGGUUGGACUCACUACGCCAAUCAUCUGCGUGCGGAGUGCAUUAUCUUUUGGUUUCCUAGCCCGGUGUCUGCGUACAAGUCUGCGCCCGGGCUUUGGUGGGACGAAGAUGCCUUGGGACGCCGUCAGGCCUUCAAACCACUACGCUACGAGAUCGAAGCGCUCGAGAAAACAGGGCAGUAUCAAUUCCGGAUGUGGAAGGCCAAGAAAAUGCUUUCCAUUGCGAAGCAAGGUAUACGGGCGGCGCGUUAUCACCUCACACGUUGGCGCCGUAAUGCUGUGUCUGCCCGGGUGACGCUUGUCUGCGAUAUGUUCGAUGCUGGGCGUGAUAUUGUGGACACGGGACGCGCACUUGUCGCUCGCAUGGAUGACGAAGGCUCCGACCCAGAGAGACUGCGAUGGCAAGAGUCUCGCGAUACGCACCGAGCGCUGCGUCGGGAGUGGGAGGGUCGUCGUGAGGUUUGGUCAAGUAUGUAUUUAGGCGUUUAA